UCGAGUAUUUAAUUCAUCCGUUACUCAUUUACAUAUGAUGACUAAAUAUGAAAUUACUUAGUAAACACUGCUUUUAACGAUUACAAAAAUAAAUCUGGGUCAAGAGUGGUUGUGUGACGUCGCAACAUAUCUUAUCUGUUUAUUACCUUGGUCCGAAAAUUAGCCGGACGAACCAAAGAUCUGGAGCUAUGGAGCUGUCAGAGCUGUUCCAACUGUCAAUCAUCGAAUCGCAGCUGUGAGAGUGCCUGAGGCAUUGAACGGCUCCUCCAAUUGGCUCCACCACAAUCAUACGACCGUUCAACUCAAUCGAAAAAAAGACUCUCAAUUGAACUCGAUAGCCGAAAAAUCGAAGCACCCAACAACAACCUUAUCGUCAGCGAGAGACCACCAUCCGCGAUCUCCUCUUCCACUUCCAACCGGCCGAGCGACCGCCUCAAUUGGCUUCCAAUCUCCACUCUUCCGAUCGACUUGCACGGGAUUUUCUCGACUUUUUUUUCCCGUUUCUAUUUUCCUUGUUUUGACGCACACAAGUCAAGAUGAUGCGAACACCCGCAACCUCUCUCCUACGCGGCGCUCUCCGGGCCAGCAGAACGACCACCAUAAUUUCUCGUCGUGCCGCUACCACCCACGCCAUCUCUAACCCGACGCUGGCCAACAUUGAGAAGAGGUGGGAAGGUAUGCCUCAAACCGAGCAGGCCGAGCUGUGGAUGGCCCUACGAGACCGCAUGAAGGAGAACUGGGCCGAGCUCACGCUUUCGGAGAAGAAGGCCGCAUACUGGAUCGCCUUUGGUCCUCACGGACCCCGCGCCGUACCGGCAGCCGACGAGGGACGCAAGGUGGCCCUAUACACCGCCAUGGGUGUUCUCGCCAGUUUCGUUAUCUUCGCCUCGGCGCGGUCAUUCGGCGGCGCCGGCCCCGGCACAAUGACCAAGGAAUACCAGGAAGCCACUAACGAGUACCUCAAGAACCAAAAUGCCGAGCCCCUCACCGGUCUCUCGUCCGAGGGCUACAGCGGAAAGGGCAUGGUGCAGUCACCGCCCAAGAACUAAACCCGAUUGUCGAAAUCCCGUACCUACUCUUAUCUUUUUCCUUUUGUCAUUAGAGAACCGCAAUGCAAGGCAUCGAAUUCCAUGUACAAAACGAAAAGCAGCUAGAGUGGAAUGGAGUAGCGGGGCCGGGCGGGGGCGCGUUGGUUAUCCGAAACGAUUCGACGAUGAAGAAUAGUGCAGACUCGAGUCCGGACGGCGGUAACAACAACAUCAGCAGCACCAGUAGCAGCAUGCAUCAGAGACACUUUUAUUUAAUUCCAGUUGGGAUGUGGUCCCCGUGCCUAGGAGAAGCCGACUUUCGAUAGUUGGUCAAAGAGAUGAGAUCCAGGCGUUGUAAAUAUGUACAAGAGGAAAAGCAAACCUUCUAUGCCGUUCUGAAAACAAAGCUCUUCCUAUAACAUUAAACGGAAUGUGUUUAAGUCUAGGAGCCGUCCUCGCAAUCUGCUCAAAUUCUCUCAACCUUCCCACUCAUUGCCGUCUCGGGAAACCACCAAAAACUAGGUUGCUAGCGUUGUGAAACCUGAGAUAAUUGCUAAUGGGCAGAUCGAUGGAUCAUCUCGUAUGUUGAUUGUGCGUAUCCCGUUCAGCCACAAAUUGGGGAAGAACCAUACAGCUGGAAUUCUCCAACCUUCAACCUGUGGAACCCCUAUAGAUGAUACUAUCGUAGCUAUACUAGACAUCACACAGAGCCAUAAGAUCAUAAGUUUAAGACUUACGCGUAAAGCAUGGAUAUCUAGCC